AUGCUGCUUUACAAGAUGGUGACGAUGUUAAUCGCUACACUUUGUCUUGCAAUCGUUGUAAAUGCUAAAGUUGACAAGCAAGAAUGGUGGACGGCGAAACAUUUCGCAAAAAAUAAGAUGUUUCCUAUGGCGGCUGGAGCUUACGCCGAUACGCCGAUGAUGCAACGUUGCAUAAGAAAAGUUGAUAAAGACGCGAUAAAUCUAAAUGGGUUCCUUAGUGCGAAAUGCCGCUUCGAUGAGAUGUGUUACGUAUUCACUGCAGUUCUACCUAACCAUCGAGCGAUAGUGAUAAGUUUCAGAGGGACAGAUAGUGGAAAAAGCCAGUUAAUUGACGAAGCCUUAGGCAAUGCAUUGUUCAAGCACGAAUGGAAAUAUGGAGGUCACGUUGGGAGGUAUUUUAAGAUGGCUUUUGACAACUUAUGGAAUUCAUUGGCUAUCCAGCUGACGAGCUUCCUACAAGUACAAAAAUAUAGACGCUAUGAACUUUGGAUAACGGGCCACUCCCUUGGAGGUGCCCUUGCGAACUUGGCAGCUUCUUGGGCUAGCGUAGUAUUCCCUAAUAAUAGGAUAAGACUAGUCACAUUUGGAGCUCCGAGAGUGGGAGAUCUGAAGUUCAGAGAUGCGCUCGAAAGACGGGUAAAAUUCAUAUACCGCAUAACUCAUGCAUCAGAUCCUGUAGUUCGCAUUCCAUGGAGCGGCUAUUAUCAUGCAGGUAAAGAGCUUUGGUACAAGAAAGGGAUGAGUAGCACUACCGGUUUCUGCCACGGAAAGGGGAAUGGUGACUGCAUUGAAACUUGUGAAGCUCCGGAAGAAUUGAAUGGCCGUCCUGCUGGAUGCGCUGAAAGUGCUGGCUGGAAAAACUUUAUUAGUUGGAGCUUUAGAGCGAAGCUCAAGGAGCUUUAUCAUUACCAUACUGAAUACUAUCAAGACUUGACGAAAAAUUCUCUCAGUAAAUGGGGAGAGUUGGGUUGUCCGUGAAUGCUUUGCAUUUACUGAAAUACAC